GCAAAUUUGGCAUUACGCAGCCAUGUUCUAUUUAAUGCUGGACCAAAACAUGCAGCUAGGUUAGUUCAUAUUGGCUACACCUAAAGGCGAGUCCGAUGAUAUACAGCUUGUUUGGGAUGGCUGGGCUAAGUUCUGACCAUUUCCUCGUAAAUACCACGAUGCAAUUCUGUGCCAAUUUUUUCAAUGAAAUAUUUAGGCUGAUUGAAUAUCUUAGCGAAGUUAUGAAAAAUAUGUCAAACCGAAUAUUGUAGUUGUUGUCCAAUUGUGG